AUGGACUCUCAACUCCUCCUCCUGAAAUGCGGCCUGCUCAUAAUUAUCUUGUCCGCCGUCGCAAUAGCCUACUACGUUACGACCUUGUUGCUACGCUAUGGGAAGGAUAUCAAGGCCACAAAACUAGUGUGGAGAGAUAAAUAUCCUUCCUUUGAAAACCUACACGCCCUCUUCGAUCGAGGAGACAUUAUGGUCUCCGCCGUCCUCGUCGCCUCGAGUCUCCAGCUUUCGCACCCAGAACUUUCGAAAGUAAUCAAGGCCCAUAGUACAUACAAGACCGACCCCUGGCGUCGACUUGUACGUACUGUAACCUUCAUUUCUAUCAUGAUCCGAUCCAAGAGCUCCCAACGACGUCAAGUCAUAAACUGGCUGCAAAAGCUGCACCGCUCCAUUCCGUUGUUUGUCUUUGAGACCAAUGUUGUAGUUUUUGCAACAUUUGUGUUCGCAAUUGUCAAGACACAUGAGUUUUUGGGGAGCAUAACUGCAGAGGAAGCAGACGGAGCAGUGAAGGCUGUCAAGAGCAUGGCCGAUAAGCUCGACCCAAGUGAUCUGGGACGAAAGGUGCCGAUGACGAUGACUGAGGUAGAACAGUAUCUGCAAAAUGAAUUACAAUUUGAUGGACAUCAAACACCGAAGAUCCAGCACGAGUAUUUAUUUCUGUGCAAUCUGCUGGAGAAAAGGGCGCACCUGGAGACGGUGGGCUUUUGA